CGGCGGCCGGGCAGGGGGAGCCGCCCGCCGAGCCCCCUCCGUCCCCGGCAUGCGGCGAGGCGGCUGAGCCCCCCUCCCGCAGCGCUGCGAGGCCAUGCUGCCCCGGCCCCCCUUCCCCGGGGAGGCGAGGCGGGCGGCCGCCGCGGGCCGCAGCCGGUCCCGGCCGCGGGGGGCCGGCGGCGGCACCGUGCUGCUGCCCUCCAUGCUGAUGUUCGGCGUGAUCCUGGCCUCCAGCGGGCUGCUCCUCAUGAUCGAGAAGGGCAUCCUGGCCGAGGUGAAGCCGCCGCCGCUGCAGCCGGCGGGGGGGGAGCGGUCCCGGCGGGGCAGUGGCAGCGGCCAGGAGGCUCCCGGCGAGCUGGAGGCCGAGGUGCUGCGGGACAUCCGCAACCGCACCAUCCGCGCCGUCUGCGGGCAGCCGGCCAUGCCCCGCAACGUCUGGGAGCUGCCGGCCGGCCAGCGGCGCACCGUCCUCCGGCACCUCCUGGUCAGCGACAAGUACCGCUUCUUGUACUGCUACGUGCCCAAGGUGGCCUGCUCCAACUGGAAGCGCAUCCUGAAGGUGCUGGACGGGGCGCUGGAGAGCGUGGACGUCAAGCUGAAGAUGGACCACAAGAGCGACCUGGUGUUCCUGGGGGACAUGAGGCCGGACGAGAUCAGCUACCGCCUGAAGAACUACUACAAGUUCAUCUUCGUGCGAAACCCCAUGGAGCGGCUGCUGUCGGCCUACAGGAACAAAUUCGGGGAGAUCAAGGAGUACCAGCAGAAGUACGGGGUGGAGAUCGUCAGGCGGUAUCGGAAGAACGGGGGGAAUUCGGCGGGGGACGACGUGACCUUCUCCGAGUUCCUGCAGUACCUGCUGGAUGAGGAGGCGGAGCGGAUGAACGAGCACUGGAUGCCCAUCUACAACCUGUGCCAGCCCUGCGCCGUCAGGUACGACUUCAUCGGCUCCUACGAGCGGCUCAACGCCGACGCCAACCACGUCCUGGAGCGAGUCCGGUCGCCCUCCUUCGUCCGCUUCCCCGAGCGGCAGCCGUGGUACAAGCCCGUGACGGCAGAAACCCUCCACUACUACCUGUGCAACACCCAGCGCCGCCUGAUCAAAGAGCUCCUGCCCAAAUACAUCCUGGAUUUCUCCCUCUUUGCCUACCCCCUCCCCAACAUCACCAGCGAGUUCUGCAGGCAAUGAGUGGUGCCUGGCGGGAUCUGGGGUGAAUUCCGCCCGCGCCGCAGGGAUUCGCGAGCCCAGCCAUGGCCGCGAGGGACACGUUGGUGCAGGGCCUGUGAAACACGCUCCUCCGUGCAUUAUCGCCUAAUUUUAUACUUUUCAAACACUGUUUAUAUAAAAUACUAUAUAUUGCCUUUGCUACUUAGAAUACUUUUUGUAUUGUUCUGAUUUUAACGUGUACAUAUGCCGCUGACUUGAGCACAGUAGCUUUUAUAUAUCUAUUUUCUUUAAAUUCUUUUUUACGGCACGACACGACACAGAAAGCAUCUGCAAGAAUAUUGAGAAAUGGAUAUAUUUUAAGUAUUUUUUCCUCCUUUAUUGUGUUUUGUACUAAGCAGUAUGUGGUCGAAUUGCAAUCACAAUAUAGCGGUUGAUGCACUAAUAGCAAUAUACUGGUUGAUGCGCUGAAAAUUAGUGCUGUUAAAACUGGUCCUAGGUUAGGCAGGAGAUAGUUUUUUGAGUAUGGUGGAAGAAAAGGGCUUUUAUAAACUAGGAACUAUUUAUCCGUUAUUUUCUCAGCUGUAGAUGGUGGUUAAAUGAGGCUGGUCUUUCUUUCUGUGGCAGUAGUACCUCUGGGGUUUUUUUAUUAUUAAUUAUUAUUAUUAUUAUUUACCAUUGAAAUAAACUAGUGAUAGGAUAAUAGUCACUUUUGUGCGAUUUUAAGAACUUAAAGUACCAACUGUGUACCCAGCAGAGCGUAUCGGAUGCAAUACCAAGCCAUAACGAUUUGCUCUUCUCUCUCUGAAUUCAAGCAAUAC